AUGAUUAGCAAGACCAUCGACGAGUUUCACGUCGCCAUCGUCGGUGCUGGUAUCGGCGGCCUGGCUCUGGCCAUGAGCUUGCACAANAAAGGUAUUGGCUUCGCUCCAAAUGGAAUGCGAACCAUGGACCUCAUUGAGCCGGAAUUUCGUCCUCUUUACGAGAAGAUCUGCGUUGGAAACAAGGGCGAAAACAACCAGAAUAUCUUUUUCGAAGGCUUGCUUCUCCAAGAGGGAUUUGGACAAGAUCAGCCGUGGUUUGGCAAAUCCGCCUGGGGCCAUCCUAACUUCGAUCGCAAAUCCAAUGUCAGAUUCAACAAGUACCUCGAGUCGGUUGAACAACAUCCCGACAAAGUCAUUCUCAAGUUCGCCGAUGGUGAAGUAGCCGAGGCAAGCGUGCUCGCUGGCGCCGAUGGUAUCAAGAGUAUCAUCCGAGAGCACGUGCUCAAGCCCUUGUUCCCUCAGGAGAUCGCACCAGUAUACGCAGAUGCCUACUGUUAUCGCGCCGUCAUACCCAUGUCCGAAGCUUACCCCAUCCUCGGCGACCUUACUGAUGUCGCCAAAUUCUUCUUCGGUCACGACCGCAGUGCAGUGACCUACCGCAUCACCGGCGGCAAGGAAUUCAAUUUCUUAUUCUGUGUGGCGGACUCAAAACCUUGGACAUUGGAGAGGGCUGUGACUGAGAAGACAACACACGAGGUCAUGAUGGCCGACUUCGAGGGCUCGGGAGUAGAUCCUCGCUUCCGCGAAUUGCUCGCCAAAGCGCAGCCCAUCAAAUGGGGAUUCUUCCAUCACUGGAAAACAUCUACUUACUAUCGAGGACGUGUUGCCCUUUUGGGAGAUGCCGCGCAUGCUUCGCUACCUUUUCAAGCUGCUGGUGCUGCCCAAGGAUUAGAAGAUGCGUUGAUUCUAUCAAAUGUACUCGCGAAAGUCGCAGCCAUGCGCGAGACGUCCGAAAACACAACUUUCUUCAUCAAAGCAGGCCUCGAUGCCUACGACUUGGUGCGACGACCCAGAGCACAAAGACAACUAGAACAAGCUGCCGAGGUCGGAAAGAUGAUCUUNUUCCAACACGAGGAAGCAGGUUCUGACAUGGGCAAGAUCCUUCCCAGGCUACAGCAGGGUAGAUUCGAUUGGCUCUGGUUCCAUGACAUGAACAAGGAUGUUGUCAAGGCUUUGACGAGGAUGGAGAAGGGCGGGCAGGAGCGAAUGCAAGCGACCGCUAGCUUGUAG